AAAUGUAAUUUUUUACUUUUUCAUUCUAUAUUUUUUUCUUCUCAUAGGGUUAGGGAAUGAAGCUAAAAGCUCCUCUAGCUAUUUCCUUCUCCCCAACACCCCAGUAAAAUUGUGCUCAAGGAUGCUCUAUGAGUUGCACUAAUUGCAUCAUCAACGGGAAGUAAAGGAUCAGAGAUCAUUUAUCUGAAUUUCUGCAUAUUGACAGUGGGUUCCUGUUUUGAAUUGUUAAACUAGAUGUCUGCUAGAGCCACCCCCUUCCCUCGGCUCCUCCUUAACAAUGUCUCUUGCAUGAGAAAUGCGCAGCAAGUUCUGCGUCAUGUGAAUGUCUCUCUUCAUGAUGGAGGAGCCCUCGUGCUAACCGGUGCAAAUGGUUCUGGAAAGUCAACUUUCUUGCGCAUGUUAGCCGGGUUCUCCCGUCCUUCUGCAGGUGAAAUCCUUUGGAAUGGCCAUAACACUCAAGACUCUGGAAUCUUCCAUCAGUAUAAGCUUCAGCUUAACUGGCUCUCUCUCAAGGAUGCCAUCGAUGGUAGGCUUACAGUUGUUGAAAAUGUCCGAUGGUUUGAAACUCUGGAAAACAAGUACGGGAAGGCUUUGCCUGCACUUGAGUUGAUGGGACUGGGAAGAUUGGCCAACGAAAAGCCAAGGAUGCUAUCUAUGGGACAAAGGAAAAGGCUGCAACUUGCAAGAUUGCUCGCGAUUGAUCGCCCCAUAUGGUUGCUGGAUGAGCCUUCAGUUGCAUUAGAUGAUGAAGGUGUGAGGUUACUUGAGUACAUUAUUGCAGAGCACAGGAAACAAGGAGGCAUUGUGAUUGUGGCGACUCAUUUACCUAUUGAGAUAGAAGAUUCCAUGAUCUUGAGGCUGCCACCAAGGUUUCCAAGGAGGAUGACUUUAGUGGAUAUGCUUGACCGGUCAGAUUAUGUUGGUUAGUUCCUAUUUUAAUUCACAUUCCCUCAAGACUAGAUUAAGUUCUGGAAUCAGUAUCUAUGCAAAAUUUCAUUGCUGACAUUUUAGUCAUGAUUCAUUGCUUAGUUGUCUUUAUUUUGUAUUUUUAUUGAUCAUGCUUAUAGACUUGCAGUCUGAUGGGUUCGUGUACAUCUUCUAUGAAACAUUUUAAGAGCCUUGAGAACCACAUUUCAAAUGGGUAUUCAGGCAUCAGAUAAUACAAUUGUUCUGAUCUCUA